CGCCGUUUAAAAAUGUACCAGACCCGCCUCUCAGUUCACGUCGACCGGACGGAUUAUUAUUGAUUUGUUGGCUUCCGUGCUCUUUUUCUUCGCCGCCGCCGCCGCCUUUUGCAUCGAACUUACGCUCCUUUGCUUUUACGUGCUGCUUGCCGAACCAUCCAUCACCACGGCGAGACGCCGGCCCCGCCCCUCACAUAUUCCAAAUCGUCUCCUCCACAAGACACAUCUGCCACCGCGCUACGAAAAUCUUAAAUGUCGACUUGACCACAUCCUCUCCCUUUCUCGGCCCUUGCCUUUCUGCUGCCAGUCACUCCUUAUUCAUCCAACUUUCUUCUUCCCUGCGCUAUCUUUCCAUAAGCUUUGUUUUCCCCACCCAUGGCCCUCCCCCUCCGCGCUGCGCCUGAGACGCAGCUGGACGUUGAUCUCCUUAUUCUGGAUUACCUGCUGUACAUGGGAACACGCUCCCUUUUACAGGAGCUGGUCAUUCUUCACGAGGAGGGUAUUCAAGAAAACCUGUCGCAACAACCCAUGCGCAUGAUCGACUCUUUUAUCCCGCUUUUCAAAUGCAACCACCCGACCGUGCGUGUUCCAAGCGGGAUUAAAUUUCGACUGAGGCUCGUCAAGUUCGUGGCUUUGUACAGUAAGCGCAACACGCCCUGUGAGCUUACUCCGCCCUCCGCUAAGCUGGAGGAGCUGCGUCGCAAGCACCGUAAGCGAGCCGAGGAUUUCUACGGCUCCUCUUCAGAUUCUUCCUUCCAGAACUCCCUCUUCGAGCUACAGAAGAGCAGUUCAUCCAGGCACCAUCCUGCUGUCCUUUCCGCUGGCAAUCAGGAGGAGUCCGUGUCCCUUGCAGACCUGGUUCCGAUGUUCAUCAGUUUGUCCGCGGCGAGAUCGACCCUCUUCGAGGACGAGCCCAUGAGCGUCCACGAGGGCUGGAUGGAGCUUGCUGGGGAGUUCAUGCUGCAAGCUGCUCUUGAGCAGUGUCUCGAGUACAGCGACUGCUCCGGCAGCAAACUGUGCGAAAUUUUCUCCUGGGGCUGGCAACCAAGCCCUUCCAAGAUGUGGGAGGACGAGGAAGCCGUCAACGACAUGUUUUGCGACGAGGACACGCUACAAGAGACACAGCACUGGUCGAAGAUCAGGCAAAAGUACAUGGAUCUGCUCAAGCCAAAAGCAAACGUCGAUCUUGCGAAGCAACUCAAAUCUCUGACGCGCCGCUACCCCCUCGAACGCUUCGAAGAACGCGUUCUCCGCUUCUUGGAGGCCAUGCAAUUGUCGCAAGAUCCACCCCUACUUGCACAACUCGAGACCGGCAACGUGCCUGGUUUGAGCAAGCGCCAGGUCGAGGAGCUACGACAGCGAAUACGACUACCGUCCUAGCGAGCGCCGUCUGUUCUAUCGGAGAGGACUUCUACCUUUUUUUUGGGGAUGGCAAAUAUAUCUCUGUGACUUCGAUUUGUAUCUGGCCGGCCGGACCUAGCCACAUGUAUCACCAACUGAACCUACUAAUACUCUUGAGUGAGCCCUGCGGAUGGAGAACCAAAUGGCUGGCUCUGCGAUGUAUUCGACGGUGCAGCUGUCCUUUUCACCGAACUCUUUGCUACACGGCGUUUCUCUUUUCUGUUUUAUUUGGUCUACGGCGAGAUAUACCCAUAGCUUGACCUGCUUCUGUCAACAAGCCAACCAGGAUAGACGUGAAUGUACGAUAUGCCCUUGACGCCGACGAACGAAGGAGAUGUUGGAUGUAUGGAAUUGUAGUCGAUCAGAGCCUUCGGCUGUUUACUUGUUUUGCUUGCAUCUCUUCUUUUGUUCACGAGCCACGGCCCAUACUAGUUUACGUGUAUUGACACAAUGGCAUUAUCCUAGCUAGGAACGGUUGGUUCACAGCCCUCGAACAUCAUCACCAUCAAAAGCAUUAUCACAUCAGUAAUUGACAUUUCACUCCUUUUGUUUCUGUGAGUGUGUGGGUUGCGU